GUACCUCAUCAUUCCAUUGGUCGUGCUUGCGUUGCUUUGAAAUACAUCCUAUUGGGUUUGUCAGGGCAAGUCGAUGAUGUACUAGCAAAGUAUAAGGAACACAAGCACAACCUUCUCUUUCUCAUUGAAAUGCUAGAACCCUUUCUAGAUCCUGCCAUAUUGUCUGUGAAUAAUACUGCACGUUUUGGAGAUGUAUCUGCUAUCUUUUUGGAAAAGCAAGAUAAUAAUUGUUCUUUUGCACUCAAUAUUAUCCGUGCAGCUGUUAGAAGGCCUACUGUUCUUCCCUCCUUGGAAUCUGAAUGGAGACGUGGAUCUGUUUCUUCAAGUGUUCUUCUUUCCAUCCUAGGUCCGAAUAUGCCAUUGCCCUGUGAUAUGGAUCUCUUCAAAUGUUCUACUGCUGAAGUUGUUGAACCAGGAUUAUUUAAAAGCCCUUCAGGCUCUUCAGUUUUCCCAAAUGUAUUUAUCUCCAAAUUCAGUAAUUCCAGUAAUGUGGAUGGAAAGAUUGAUGGAAAUGAUACUAUUAAAAUUGAUGUCCUUGAAGAGGCAAGCUUUUUAUUUGUCCCGCAAGAAUUAAAAAAUGCGGGUUUGAUGAGCUUUUCUAAUUAUUGUAUAAAGGGUAGCACUGAGAAAAGUUGUGAACCAACUAAUUGUGGGAAUGAAGGUAACAAUAUGGAAAAUUGGAUAUUGAUGGACCACUUUAAGUUGGAUAGCGGGUUCUUUGGUGAUUACUUCAAUUUGAAAGUGGAUUAUUUAAAACUGGCCAAUCUCCAUGACUGUGAGCUCAGAGCUGCCGAGUUUCAACAGCUAGCACUAGAUUUGUGUUCUCAGGGUGAUAUUACUGCAGAAGGCUAUGAUGCUGCGAUAGAUGCUUUUAUAUUAGCUGCUGAAUGUUAUAUCAAUCCUUUCUUUAUCAUUUCUUUCACUCCCAAUUCUAAGCUUGCUAAACACCUGGACCUUAUCAAAUCUAAAAUGAAGCAAAGCAACAGCAUUAUGGAAAUCAAAAAAGACUUCCUGAAAACUGCAGCUGAUUUGGAGAUUAUUUCCCAUCUUGAAAGAAAGAGAGACAAAACUGUUAUAGAGAUUCUAGUUCAGGCUGCCAGAGUGAACAAGGAGUAUAGAUUAAGACAAUCAAAACCUUGUCCAGAUGAUAUUGAGCACAGACAGCAGGACUUAAACAUACUCCCCCAUGUUAUUAAGGCUGUUGAUGCAGUGACAUUGCUUCGGCAGAAUCAGAGUUUGUUAUUUGAGUUUGUAAUUCAGCAAUUACAAAAAGAGCAACAUCUAUCACAUGAAGUUCUCCUACAGGCUUUGUUGUUUCUUUUGCAGUCUGCUACUGAGCUUCUGUGCCCUCCCGAGGCUGUGGUUGAUAUAAUACUUCUUUCAGCCGAGAAAUUUAGCUUGCCUCUCAUGUCUCUGAAUAAUAAACUUGACAAAGGGUCUGCGCUUUUUGAUUCGGAGAAGUUGUAUGGGUUACGGAGGUGCUGGUUACUUCUUGAAAGAUUAGUCAUAGCAUCAUCUGGAUGUGAUAUUGGUGUAAUGUCUAGAAAAAGUGCCUAUGGAACUCAAUGUAGAAGCUUAAUUCCGCUUUCAUCAUGGAUAAACAAGAUAACAAAGUUUUCAAAUGCUAGCCCUAUUUCUCGUUUCCUUGGGUGGAUGGCUGUGUCCUGUUACGCGAAGCAAUAUCUGAAGGAACGUUUGUUCUUUGCCUCAGAUCUUUCACAACUUACAUUGCUACUUGCUAUUUUUGCUGAUGAACUUACAUUUGUGGAUAAUACAUUACAGCUGAAUGCUGAAGAAUCAGUGCAUUUCAAGCAGUCAGAUGCUUUUGGACAUUUGCAAGUUCAGAAGGAAUCCACACAUUCAUAUACUUCAGAACGAGGGGAUUCAUUUGACUUUCUUUAUCCUUCCUUGCAGAAACUUCUUCCAGAUAUGAGAAGAAAAUUUAGAUCGUUUGGAGAGAUAAUUUUAGAGGCUGUUGGUUUACAGUUGAAAUGUCUUCCCUCCAGUUCCAUUCCAGAAAUACUUCGUUGGUUUUCUGACUUAUGCAUGUAUCCAUAUGCUGAAGCAAUGAAAAUUCAAGAUCUUACCUCUGCAAGCUCUUUUGAUUAUUUGAAAGGAUAUACUGCUACAAAUGCUAAAGUGAUAGUCCUAUACCUAUUGGAAUCUCUCGUUACUGAGCAUAUGGAAUCAAUGCUUCCUGAGAUGGCUAGGGUGGUACAAAUAUUGAUAUCACUAUGCAAAACCUCAUAUUGUGAUGUGGCAUUUCUUGAUUCUGUACUGUGUCUGCUGAAGCCUCUUAUCUCAUUCUUUCUAAAAAGGGUGACUUUGGAUGAAAAUAUGUUGGCUAAUGCAUCAUCCUGCGAAGAUUUUGAGUUAUUAAAUUUUGAAGAACUAAUUGAUAGUAUCAAGCACAAGAGAGACUUGCAGAAUGGUUCUGGUGUGGAUAAAUUUCAAGGAUCUUUGAUGAUCUUUAUUUUGGGUAGCCUUUUUCUUGACUUGUCCUUGAAGAGGAAGAUUGAUAUUUUGCAAUCAUUGUUGCUGUGGGCUGGCUUUGCUUCUUCAGAGCCAACCUCUUCUUUCUUUAAUUAUCUUUGUGCUUUCAAAAAGGUCUUUGAUAGCUGUCAAAUGCUAUUGGAGCAACAGUUAGAGCAGUUUGGCCUUGUUAUACCCUGUGAGGGGCAAGAACUUGUGGGAUCACAUGAAAGGGUAAGCCUUCAAGAGAAGACAGAGCUAUCUUCUCGUUUUUCCAAUUAUAGAGAUCAGAGAGUCACAGCCAAGCCUCCGAAAGAUUUUGUCAGUAGUGAGACUAUUGCUGACCUCCCAGGUCUAGAAAUUCAUCAGUUAUCCAUUGAAGAAAUGAAAGAAUUCUCGGAAGUGUUGGAAGUAUUAGUUCUGAAGCUUAUUCCAGAAAUUGAGAAGACCUGGAAAUUGCAUUGUAAAUUGGCAAACCAACUCACAGUGAAGAUAGCACGAUGUUUCUUAUUAUCAAGCUGCUUGAAAUUUAUUUAUAUAUCAGACUCUAGUAUAAAUUAUAAUAAUGGUGAAAACAUACCCUAUAAUAGUUACCGUGACCUUCCAGAUUUUUGGAAGAAUGGUCUGCAAGGCUUUACAAUUGCCAUACUAGCAAUUCAGGAAAAUGAAUGUUGGCAAACAGCAUCUGCCAUGCUUGACUAUCUCUUCAGGUUGCCACAAACUUUCUCUCUUGACGAUGGUCUCUGUAAUAUAUGCUCUGCAAUAAAGCUUUUUUGUCUUCGGGCUCCAAUGAUAUCAUGGAGAUUGCAGACAAAUAAAUGGCUGACCUGUUUAUUUGGUAGGGGUAUAGGAAAUAUUGAUGUAUUGGGGGAUUCAUUGGUUGAUUUGUUCAGCACAAUGCUUUGUCACACUGAACCUGAACAACGAGGUGUUGCACUGCACCAUCUUGGAGUAAUGGUUGGUUUAGAUACCUAUGAUGGUGCAGCCAUGCUAUCAUGUACAUUUCGUUCAAAUUUGGGUGGGUCUGAGCAAGUUGCAUCUCUUUCUGAGUUGGCCAUUUCCACUUUGGUUUCAAACACAUGGGAUAGGGUGGCAGCCUUGAUUUUGUCCGAGCCUUCUAUGAUGUUAAAAUCACAUGCAAUGGCACUCUUGUCUGGUUAUGUUCCCUUCGUGAUGCGUCCACAGCUGCAGUCCUUUCUUAUUUCAGCUGGUAAUAUCUUGCAGGGUAUGGGAAAGCUUGCACCCUUAAUGGAGGAAGGCUGUUUGACACGGCUUUCUUUAGGCCUUCUUGCAAGUGCAUGCCUAUACUCUCCUGCUGAGGAUCUAGAAUUGCUACCUGAAAGUAUUUGGAGAAAUUUGGAGCAGAUAGGAACUUCCAGAACUGGAUGGCUAGAUGAUGUGGAGAAAAACAUAUGUUUAGCAUUAUGCAGGCUUCGAACUGAGUUAGUUGGUGGAAAAGAGGCUCUAAAGGAAGCACUGUCACGCACUCGAAGUACAACGCUUGGUGAUUCUAAUUUUCAAAACAUUCGUGAAUCAAUUCUACAGGUUCUUCCAUCUCUAACUUCUACUCAAGCAUAUUUUGAUUUCUUUUCUAAGAGAGCUGAUGAAGAAUCUCAGGAACUAGAAGAAGCAGAAAUUGAAAUAGAUCUUCUUCAAAAAGAGAAGGCGAUGCAAGAAGUACUUGGCAAUUUAAAGGAGGACUAUGUAACUUAUGAUAAGGAUGAUAACCGCCUCCAACAAAUAAAGGAUAAUAUCCGGUCAUUAGAGCACUCUAAACUUAAAGAAGAAGUAGCUGUCCGUAUGCAAAAGAAACUUGUCAUGAGACGUGCUCGUCAAAAAUUUUUGGAAGAGGUAGCUUCAAAAGAAAUGGAACUCCUAGAGGAACUUGAUAGGGAAAGGAAACAUGAAUUGGAACAAGAGAUUGAAAGACAGCGCCAAUUGGAACUUGAGCGUGCCAGAACAAGGGAACUCCAGUUCAAUCUUGAUAUGGAAAAAGAAAGGCAAAGCCAGAGAGAGCUUCAAAGGGAAUUGGAACUGGUGGAAUCUGGGGUUCUGUCAUCUCGGAGGGAAAUCUCCUCUAGAUCUAGCAGGGAGAAGUUUCGGGACACUGGAAGGUCGGGACUUGAUGGAGGACUUAGACCUGUUAGCAGAGGCCAUGAGAGAGGUAGCACAAUUCAAACAGCAGGUUCUUCAUUUAAUACAUAUUCCACACCAGUAAUGGUACUUUCUAGCUCGAAGUCCUCUUCAGGUCAGCAUCCGACCAUAUUGCAGCCAAGGGACAGACCAAGCGAACGCAGCAGUCCUAGUUUUGAAGACAAUCAUGAAGGAAGUAGGGAUUCAGGUGAUGCAAAUAGCAUCGGUGAUUCUGAAUUAUCUCUAGCUUUUGAAGGUGGGUUUAGUUCAGCACCCAGGCGAGGCAGCAAGUCGAGGCAAGUCAUGGAACGGAGAGAGAGGGACGGGAGGCGUGAAGGGAAGUGGGAAAGAAAGCAUGGUUGAGAUGGAGAACAUUUCUAAGAUUUUGCCUUGCAGCAGUUUUUGCUGAAGCUCCGUUUCCAUGAAAUUCUUCUGGAGUGACCUUCAUAAUAUCUAAAGGAGCCGUCUGUGUUAAGCACUCUUUGAGUGUUGGCGCGUCUGCUUGACCUUGCAAUGUUCUACGAAAUGCCGAUCUGACUUCCGUGCACUUGAAUCAUUGUGGAGUUAUCAGAUGUGAUGGAAGCUUAAUCUGAUAUUGAAUUUGGCUCGAGGGAAUCCACUUUUUUGAAUUCCAGAACUUUCGGGGCAUUGGCUGUGUUUUGAGCGACCUUAACCAAGUUUCAGGAGCUUCUUAGCUUUUCUGCUGGAACAGUUAAAUGCAGCCGAAUUCUUGUUGUGGAGUCCAAUAUAUGAUCUUUCGGAAUCUUUCUUGUAUAUCAAAAAUAGAUAGCUAGAUAGCCUCCGGGUUGCAUCUUUUUAUUUUAAUAAGAAAAUGGUUCCUUCUCAGGCUAUGUGGACUGUUAGAACUUUUUUCUGUGUGGUUAUGUGGUGGAAUUUUUUAUUAGGAGCUUGCAGUCUAUCUUGUGAGAUUGCGUUGUAAAAUGAAGAUAAUGGAUUUAAAUUAUGCAAAUAGUCUGUGUAAUAAAUAUCGAAACAUUGUGUGAAGCCUUUCCAAUUUUAAUCAUGUUUUGAUAGGA